AUGGCAUCGCAGCAGUACUACAACCAAGGCCCUCCUCAGGGCCAGGGUGGCUACUACCCGCAACAACCCGACCCUGCUUACGGUCCCCCCCAGGGCCAGUAUGGUCCUCCCCAAGGCCAAUACUACAAUCAGGGUCCUCCCCAGGGCCAGCCUCAGAUGGGUUACUACCAGCAGCAGCCCCCGCCUCAGCAGAAGCAGAAGGGUGGUGGUAACUGCUUGACCGCCUGUCUGGCAGCGCUGUGCUGUUGCUGCGUGUGCGAGGAGGGAUGCGAGUGCUGCGCCGACUGCUGCGAGCUGUGUCUAUAA